AUGACGGGUCCUUGUACAUUCGGGUUCUGGAUGUGGGUGUCUCUCGGACUGAUAACAACGACUGCAAGAGUUACUGGACAAGUCUGCCAAGAUCCACUUGGGAUGGAAAAUGGCGGUAUACCUGAUGGUAGCAUCACUGCAUCCUCCAUCUGGGGUUACAAUCACGAGGCCUACCGCGCACGGCUGAACGGAGUUGGUGGCAGAGGAGGCUGCUGGGCAGCCGGAACAAACAACAUCGGACAAUGGCUGCAGGUUUUCACAGGCAACAAUGAUAUGAACACACCUGUAACUAACCUACUGGACAACCCCAUUUAUACCCGUUAUGUGCGCUUCAAUCCCCAAGCCUGGUAUGCUUACAUCAGCAUGAGGGUGGAGAUUCUAGGCUGCAGCACAAAUAUUUUGGAGAGACUUCCGAUCUCCCGCUACAGGCUCCGCUACCAGCCGGCAGACGGGUCGGGCUCGUCCCAGGACCUCUCCCCCGCACCAGAAGCGGGAGCCACCUCGGCAGCGUUGCUGGGACUCAUGGAUCAAACGGAAUACUCCCUCACGCUCACUUCGUUUGGCGAGGACGACCAACCAAAUGGGGUCAUCAACAGGACAUACACUACAGUCUGUCAGGAUCCGCUUGGAAUGGAGUCUGGUGCCAUACCUGAUGACAGCAUCACUGCAUCUUCGUUUGUGGGUGCAACUUUAGAACCCUACCGCGCACGGUUAAAUGGAGUGGCUGGAAAUGGCGGUUGGGCGGUCCAAACCAACGUUAUCGGAGAAUGGUUACAGGUGGAUUUAGGGGAGAUGAAGCUUAUCACGGGUACCAUCACCCAGGGUCGCGCAUUUGGUCGGGAUUUGGAACAAUGGGUGAAGUCAUACAAAAUCCAGCACAGUGCAGAUGGGGCUGCUUGGACGACAUAUGCAGGCAGCGAUGGAGUUGAUAAGGUUUUCACAGGCAACACGGACACGAACACACCUGUAACGAACCUACUGGACAACCCCGUUGAUGCCCGCUAUGUGCGCUUCUACCCUCAGUCCUGGAAUGAGUGGAUAACUAUGAGGGUGGAAAUUCUAGGCUGCAGUACUGGCAGUAGGUUUUUAGUGCUCUUGGGCCUGACCCUCAAUGAUGCCGGGAUGGAUCAUCUCACGGUUUCCUGGACAGUCGUGGGGAAUCUACCGAUCUCGCGAUACAGGCUCCGCUACCAGCCGGCAGACGGGUCGGGCUCGUACCAGGACCUCUCCCCCGCACCAGGAACGGGGGCCACUUCGGCAACCGUGCUAGGACUGCUCGCCGAAACAGAAUACAGCCUCACAUUGACUUCUUUUGACGAGGACGACAAGCCAAACGGGGAGAUCAGCGGAACAUACACCACAGAUGCGGUUAUCGUGAACGUAGAGUGCGACCAGGACAGUAUGAGUCUGUCCAUCCCCCGUGCGGCGCUGCCGGCUGUGAAUGUGGAGAACCUGCACCUGCUGGACCCGGACUGUGGAGCCACUGAGGACGAAGACGAAGAUGUCUUUAAGUUGGAGACACACCUGCAGGAGUGCGGAACAAGGCAGGAGACCUCAGGAGACGACAAGUUCAUCUUCUCCAACGAAAUCAUUGCCAACCAAGUGACUUACGACAACGGCGCUGUGCGUAACCAGCCGGUAAACCUGCCCUUCCAGUGCGAGUUCCUCCGUCAGCGCAAUGUUUCUGGUGGAGCCAUCAUGUAUAACAUUCCCGCUCCUCGUGUUCAAAUCGUUGAUGCAAACAACAGUUUUAUCAUAGAGAUGCAUAUGUACAGUUCUGGAGACUUCAUUGAAAGCUACGAGAGUUCCGACUUUCCAAUUCAGGUCUCACCAUCUGACCGUCUUCACUUCGGCCUGAGCGUGGCGUCACCGCUGGACAACCUGGAGCUGUUCGCCCGUGACUGUGUCUCCACCCCCACCACCAGCCCUGACGACUAUCCUAGGGUCAGCAUUAUCGACGAUGGCUGUCAGGUUGAUCAAACUCUACAGAAGGACAAUAACCUUUCUAACGACAAGGCCCUGUACUACAGCGUUGACGCAUUCACCUUCCCCAAUGCUCUCGACCCCAGUCUGGUAUACUUCCACUGCACCAUGAUCAUCUGCUUCAAGGACGACCCUGACUCUCGGUGCAAACAGGGCUGCAUCCCACCAGCAGCACGGCGCAGGCGAGCCGUCUCGGACGGGACGGAGACCAGGGUUCGCCGGGAGAGCAACAGGGACAAGCAGGUGGACAUCACCCAAGGACCGUUCCAGGUGCAGUCCGGAGAAGAGGCAGGAACAGGGCCAGCCGGAGUGCCGCUGGGUACCGCGGUGGGAGCGGCUGUUGGAGUUGCCGGGAUCAUGGUGCUUCUGAUCGUGGCCGGUGUUCUGGUGAAGAAACGGGGCGGUCUGGCCUUAGGGAGGAAGAAGCGCGAUAAUGACACUGUCGGGCUGGACAACUACGCUUUCCAGACCUGGGGAAAGAUGAGCAAGACAGGCAUUGUUGACACCAAAGCAUAAGGAGUUCUCGUUCUAUGAGAUCCAAGAGUUACGAAGGGUGAAAAACCUAUCAAUUACAGCAAGUAAUUUCUAUGGAUGACAUCAG